AUGAUAGUCACAUGUGGAAAACUGAUUACUCUACACCGUCCUUGGCUGGGAAUAAUACCUCCGUUGCUGACACUAGCAACCACGAUCACUCAAGCUCUCAUCCCGCAACCACCACCUCUUCCACCACCUCCGCCUCCACCUCCACCGACUCCUCCCCCAACAGCUGCACCCGGGAAGACUCCUCCGCCUCCACCACCGCCUCCUCCACCAACACGUCCACCAACAACAACUGAAUUGGAUGUUACUGUUGGUGCUAUCGUUAUCGUCGCUGGUUUCAUAGCGAUCUGUGUUUCCAUUUCUGCAUGUGCCUUUAUAUUUUUCAUGUAUCGAAAGAAACAAAAAGAACGAGAAGAAAGGAAUCAGAUGUCGAUGGAUCCAGGAUUCAGGGGAUCAAUGGAAUCUGGUUAUGGGACGACGUCUAGUGGUGGGACCAGUGGAACUAGUGGAUGGGGGACUACGGGAACUACUGGAGGCACUACACGCACUGGAACGAAGGCGAAGAAGGAUAAGAAGAAGAAAAAGAAGAACAAGAAGGAUAAGAAGACAAAAAGAACUAAAUCUGAGCAAUCAGCGAAGAGUUCAAAGUCAAGCGAAGAUCCUAUGGCAACUGCUAUUAAGGGAACCCACCCACCACCACCUGUACCAGUUACUCAGUCGGGUACCGCUCCAGCUUCGCUGACUCCAGCUCCACCAGCUCCUCCAGCCCCAAAAGCCCCGCCCCCUCCUACAGUAACUCAACAGUUUUCACCCCAGGAACCUGUACCUGCUCCAGCAGACAUUCCAACAUCGCCUGCUCCAUUGGAUUCGGUUCAUUUUGAUCAAGCCGCCUCGAAUCCAGAGGCUCCGUCCACUCCUGAAAAUCCACAAACCCCACAGCGAGGAUCCGGAUGA